AUGACGAAGCAACGAAUCUCAUCCCUUCACUCCUCGGUCUCGCGCCUGCAGCUAUCCGAGCCUGUCGCUGUGGAGGAACCAAGCCCGAAAGCUUCCCCGCAGCAACCACAGCAAUCGGCCACCAGCUUUUCUCCAGAAGCUUACACCCAGCCAUUUAUUGACUUCAUAAGCAAAAAUCCUACUAUCUUUCAUGCUGUGAACCAUUUCAGCAAGCAGCUCGAAGCUCAGGGGUACACGAAGCUAUCCGAACGAGACACGUGGACAUCCGAAUUGAAGCGCGGCGGAAAUUCGCUGAUCGCCUUUGUCGUGGGUACCGGGUAUAAGAGUGGGAAUGGUAUUGGUCUGGUCGCCGGACACAUCGAUGCGUUGACCGCCAAAUUGAAACCCGUGCCAACGUUGCCGACCAAGGUUGGAUUCAAACAGCUAGCAGUUGCUCCAUAUGCCGGUGCCCUGAACAAGACCUGGUGGGAUCGCGACUUGGGCAUUGGUGGUCGUGUCCUGGUAAAGGGCACAGAUGGUGUGAUAAAGACCAAGCUGGUCAAGCUGGACUGGCCCAUCGCUCGUAUCCCAACUUUGGCUCCCCAUUUUGGCACAGCCUCCACGGCCGCUAACCCUGAAACCAAUAUGGUUCCUAUUAUCGGAAUUGAUAACUCCGACUUAUUUGGUAGCCCAUCUGGCUCUGAUGAGAAGCUGGACGGUAUUAAGCCUGGCACGUUUGCAGCCACUCAACCUCCCAAACUAGUUCAGAUCAUCGCGGGAGAACUUGGUGUUACCGACUAUAGCAGUAUCAUCAACUGGGAGUUGGAGCUCUUUGAUAGCCAACCGGCACAACUCGGUGGUCUUGAGAAAGAUUUCAUCUUUGCUGGUCGUAUUGACGACAAACUCUGCUGCUUCGCAGCUCAGGAAGCUCUCCUCGCUUCUCCCGACUCGACUUCACCGGGUUUGGUUAAGCUGGUUGGCAUGUUCGACGAUGAGGAAGUCGGCUCUCUCCUCCGUCAAGGUGCACGGUCAACUUAUCUGAGCAGCGUCAUCGAGCGUAUCGUCGAGGCAUUUGCUGAUGGUAACUACGGACCAAACCUUUACAACCAGACUAUCGCCAACAGUUUCUUGAUCUCAUCUGAUGUCAUUCAUGCCGUGAAUCCCAACUACCUUAACGCCUACCUGGAGAACCACAUGCCGCGGUUGAAUGUCGGUGUGACUGUUUCCGCAGAUCCCAACGGACAUAUGGCUACCGAUGCAGUGAGCCAUGCAAUCCUUCAACAAGUUGCCGAAAAGUCGGGUUCAACUUUACAAAUCUUCCAGAUCAGAAACGAUUCCCGAUCAGGUGGCACUAUUGGCCCUAUGACCAGCGCUCAAAUUGGAUUGAGGACCAUCGAUGCCGGCAUUCCGCAAUUAAGCAUGCAUAGCAUUCGAGCAACAACGGGAAGUUUGGAUCCGGGUUUGGGCGUGAAGUUGUUCAAGGGUUUUUUUGACCAUUUUGAGGAGAUUGAUAAGAACUUUCCAAGUCUUUGA